UCACGUGUGCAACCGUUACAAAUGGCGACACGAGCACUUUUGCGUGUCAAACGACGAAGAGAUGAAGAUGCUGCAGAAGCAUUAGUUGUACUGCAUUCAAAUAAACGUAUGUGUCCUGAUGAAGCACACACAGAGUCAUCUGGAGUACAAGAGUGUGUGUUUCGGUUUGUUGCUACUCUACCUGAUGACAGUGUAGAGACUGCAAAUAGUUUAGCGAAAAAACUCGGUGAUGGAUCCAAGUUUCAAUCUAAAUUUAAAUACAAGGAGAUGCCAGAGAAGAUGAAGAAUGAGAGACGGCAAGAGUGGCAUGCUGCUGUAUCAUCGAGGAAGUACAAAAUUAUCAACCAACAUCGCACAAUUGAUGAGUUAAGUGAUCAUGAUGAUGAAAGCGAAGUUAAAGGAGGCUCUUCAACUGAUGAAGAAGCAAAGAGAUUGUUUCAUCUCUAUGAUGUAAUUGCAGAGACACCACAGCAGUCAUCAGUGAGAGACAAGAGUGAAAGGAAAGACAGGAAUAAGUGGCAUGCUCAGCAACUUGAGGUGCUUGAUCCUGAUGUUCUCUUGUGCAACGAUGUGGCAAUGAUUAGAGAGAAAUUGAAUGUAGCUUGCCAGUUAGACGAGGUACAAACUGGUCAAAGUAGAAAGUCAACAGCUGACACUUUUGAUGGAGAUUUUAUGGAAGAAGAUUGGGUGUUUGAUGUAUAUUGCUUGGAUUCAGAUAGUCUAAUACCUGACCUUGACAACAGUGAUGAGAUCUGGACUAUCAAUGAUGACACUCGCUUUCUCUACAGUGGAAAUGGAGAAGAAGGGACAACAAUUUUGGAUGAUGAAGAUGACUCUAAUGAUGAGUCCAACUGGCGUAAUGACUAUCCUGACGAUGAGUCAGAUGAAGAGGACAGUGACGACAACCACAUUAAUGGCUAUACAAGUAAUGAUGAUGACGACGACGAUUUCGGCUACAGACUGUCCUAAGAACUAAGUUCACAGCGUUCAGUAAGUUAAAUGUUAAUAUUAAAAUUUUGAAACAGAAAGCAGGCAGGUAUAGUAUUUCCUAUUGCUUUAUUGGUUGUAACUGAACUAAAAAAGGCAAAUUUUUAUGUAAAAAUUGAAUUAUAAAUGUGUGGCUAUCAGGGA